ACUCUCAUCAAUGUCAUAUUACCUGAUAAGUGAUUUCAAGUGGUUCCAAUGUAAAAAUUAUACAUGAAAAGAAUUCAUGUCUGGUUUAAUGAUUCCUCUUUUACCGAUUUCCCCUUAUGAAGGAAUAAGUUUCAUUAAAUGCAGUGGAAUUGGGUUAUUUGUAAACACUCUUUAAAGACGUUAUUGGCCACUUCAGCACAGUUCUUUUAAUCAAUGUUUUUUAAACCAAUGAGAGUACAAGAUUCCAGAGCUCUGUUACAUCACAGGAAUUCAGUCAAGUUUGAAAUGUUUUAAUGUAUUUAGCAUAUGCGUAGGAUGACAGACUGCUGCUUCCCCCGAAUCGUGUGAAAAGAUUCCCAAUAAUGCGGAGAAUUUAUAUCCUUUCUGAGACGGACUUCCUACUUCCGAAAUCUCCCAAAUACCGUACAAUUCCAAAACUACAAAACUUGUCUCCUUUCCCCUUCUGAAGAGGGGGGAGGGAGAAGCAAGCAGCGAGGGACGGUGAGGAGGGAAAACCGGAGUGCUGCUAUUAAUAGCUUCGUUCUGCGAUUGGCUUAAGGUAGCAAGAAAAAAAAGGUCUGUACCACGUGGGUUACUAUGUGAAAAUUCCAAGAUGGCGCAUUCCGUCACGGGCUGACUCCGUUGGCGGCGUGCGCACCGUAGCGGUAGCGCCGAGGACCGUUCUAGUCCUUUUCCUCGCCAACGGCGACUUCCGUGGGAGUCAUUCGUUCUUUAUCCUUGUUUUCUUCUGUUUCCAAACACAGCAGGUGGAUCCAAGGACCGCACCCGUCUAGCGGCUCCCAAGAAACCCAUUUCUCCUGCUUAACCGGGGCUGAAUGAGCAACGGCUGGACGGGUAUACAAGCUACUAUUCUUCUGGAUUGCACUAUUUUACAUAAUAAAAUGUUUUUCUGACUGAAAGUUUAUCUAAUGAGUAUGAAUCUGCUUCCUGGAUAUACUUUUUAUGUUCUGGAAUACUGAAGCUCUUCAAGAUUAUUGUCUAUGUGGAAGCCAGCCUUUGUCAUACUUCAUUAAAGAGAUUAGAUUCUGCUAGCAAUGAGUUCUCAAAACCAUUCAGGUGGACUUUCUAGCAGAGAUCAGCCAGUAGAAUUGCUAACCACAUCCAGAGUAAAUCAUAUUCCAAGUUCUGUUGAUGUGUCCGCAACAAUACCCUUGCAAGUUUCAUCUAUGGAUUUUCACUUGGAUCAUCAAUUCUCCAUAUCAGUGACUGAACCUACAUUACGCGAACAGCAGCUCCAACAGGAAUUGUUAGCCCUCAAACAAAAACAACAAAUCCAAAGACAGAUCCUCAUAGCAGAAUUCCAGAGACAACAUGAACAACUUUCUCGUCAACAUGAAGCCCAACUACAUGAACACAUAAAGCAGCAACAGGAGAUUUUAGCAAUGAAACAUCAUCAGGAACUAUUGGAACACCAGAGAAAAUUAGAACAGCAUCGGCAGGAGCAAGAAUUGGAGAAACAACACAGAGAGCAGAAGCUCCAGCAGCUUAAAAAUAAAGAGAAAGGAAAAGAAAGUGCAGUGGCAAGUACAGAAGUAAAAAUGAAAUUGCAAGAGUUUGUUUUAAAUAAAAAAAAGGCUUUGGCUCAACGAAAUCUCAACCACUGCAUUUCCAAUGAUCCUCAUUUCUGGUAUGGAUCAUGUUGAAGAAUGGUGGGCCCAAUAUAGAACCUUGAGGUACUCCACUGCAUGCUUCUCUCUAUGUAGAUAUAGUUCUGUUGAGGGCUACAAGCUGAAUCAGAUGGUUAACCAAUCCACGUGAUGGUAUUAUUUAUUCUACAUUGUUCUAUUUACCAAUAGGUCUAUUUAGUCAAAUACCUCACUGAAGUCCAGGUAUAUAUACUAUAUCCAUAGCAUUUCCUUGAUCCAUUAAUUUAAUCACUUUAUCAAAGAAGGAAAUAAGGUUUGUUUGGCACAAUCUGUUUUUAACAAUUUUGGCUUCUAUUAAUUGUCUUGUUCAUUUCUAGGUGCUCACAAAUCCAUUGCUUGAUUACCUUUUCUGAAAAUAAAGGUUAUUGUAUUAAAGUAGUAGUUUUCAAAAACAGUGGUCUACCAAAUAACAGCAAUAGAAGCCUGCCUCCUCAUCAACUAAUUUUCUUGCUCCAGCUAGUCCCCUAAUUUCUAAUGUCUGUCUUAUAGCUUGCUAAUAGAAUUAAAAACAUCUAUAAUCAACAGACAGGAGCCUACUGUUUUUGAAGAUGAGGAUAUGGCAACCAACUAUUCCUUAGGAACAUGGUCAGAUUUAUCAGUAAUCACAAACAAUGGCCAGAUUGGUACCCAGAAUUCAUAGUACUUUUUAAUUAGUUCAGAAGGAAUUCAGUUAUUUCCAAAGUCAUCUCUGAUUUUACAUGAGAGAUCAAAUCCAUAAUCUUCCUUUGAGGGAGAACUUUCAUAUUACUAUAGACAAGUUAGUUAGACAUAUCUCCAUUAAGCCUUAAAACAGUGGUUCUCAACGUUUGUGUGACGGCGACCC